AGUCUUAUGCCAUUUAAUAAUGUUUCACUGCAUAAUUACGCAAAAUCGAUGAUUCAUACACUUCAUAGUAUAUUAUUGUAUAAACGAUAUUUGUCGUAGUAGGCCGACCUUUACAUUUAUUUUACUACAUAAAUGUGAUAAAAAUAUGUCAUCUUCUAUAAAUCUAUUUGUAACUUCACAUCGAAUGGACAUAAACUUGCUUUCAGAGAAUCACAUGACACAACGAGAACAAAUCAUGUCUCAAAUCAAUCAAGGACAAAAGUGCGGAGAAACAACAGAUAUUUUAACAAGAUAUCAAAUUAUAUCUAACAAACUUAAAAAACGUUUUCUGAGAAAACCUAACGUCACAGAAGCCAGUGAUCAGUUUUGUGCCUUGGCUGUUGAAUCCGAACAGAAGGAAUUAUGGCAAUAUGCGGGUUUAUGUUACUUAGCAGCAGCUAGAUGUCAUGGAACAUUAAAAAAUACUUCUUCUGAAAUCAAUCUCCUGAUAAAAGCUGGCAGACAGUUUCUAACUGCUGAGAAAAAAAAUAAUGAUAUUGGUUGUCCUUCUUUAGGGCAAGAAAACAUGCUGGCUGCUGUCAGCUGUUUUAGUCAUUCUUCAUUGCGUUGCAGUAAUCAAAUGGGAUUUAAUACAUUAUCGGCAGGACUAGCAAUAGAAUUAGCAUUAUCAUUGGGUGCUAAUUCAGCUGGAAUUCAACAAUUACGGAAAUCGAUUGAUACUUUCCCAACUCCAAAAGCUAUUAAUACUUUAAUAUCUUUUUAUAUUGAACAAGGCGAUUAUGUCACUGCUUUAAAUGUUCUCAAUGAAUUCGUGGAAUUUGUAAAAGCUUAUAUCAAUAUUGGUAUAAGAGGCAAUUACAAUGUUAUUUUACGUCGAUGUGAAAUAACUAGAGUUCUUUUACUUUUGAUUCUUCAACCAUCACCUAAAAGGCUAGCACCGUCGUUGGUGCAAGUUUUAGAGAAGUAUGCAUGGAUUGAGGAAGGUACAAACAAUGGUUUGUCUUGAUAUGAACGAGGAUGAACUUUUAUUACUGCAAUCAUUGGUACUUGCGUGUCAAUCGCGAGAUUUUCAAAUAUUAUUUGAAUUAGAAGGUGAAUUAUGGCCAUAUUUAAAUGCAGAACAAAAGGAAUUAUUGUACAAGUUAAUUAAAGUAUUGACAUUACAGUGAAUAUGUUAUAAUUAUCUAUAAAUAUGUAUAUAAUUAAUAUUUAAUAAAAUCCCAAUUUUUUUAUUGUU